AAUCACGUGCGGAUGGUUUUACCGCGUUGGGCCGAAAUUGGAUCUUUGUGCUCGGCCGACAUUAACGGGCCUGGGCCGAAGCCCAACCAGGAGAGGGGAACAAAAUGUAGGAAAGAAACAGAAAACCGGGAAGCAAACGUUGGGUUCGACCGAGGAAGGGAAGACGCCGCCGCCAAUCCACCAUUACCGCCGCGCCACCGCGGGAUCGGGCUCAGAGUAAGGAUAGCCGGGAAAGAGAGAGAUUCGACCAGCACUGUUUCCUUUGUUUCUACUGAGGAGGUUCCUUUUGAUUUUGCAGGGAGAAGGGUGAGUUCGAUUGCCUAUCAGGUGUUCGGAGAAAUUACUCUGUGAGAAAUUUCCGAUGGCAAUGGUAUCUGCAGCCGCGGCAAAUGAAAACGGGAACGAAUCAAGAGGUGGAUUGAAGGAGAAACCUCAGCAGAUAUUCGAGGACUUCUUGACGAGGGUCGCAAAGCUUGAGGAGCUUGGUGCCGUUGCAAAUAGAUAUCUCAGUGGGUUUCAGCAAUCCCUUGAAUUUCUUCGGCGGCCUCCCAUAGACAUGGAAUCGAAAUUGAUGAGCAAGCUCAUAAGUGCUAAUGACACGAAGAGGAUGAAAUCAUACAUCCAAGCCGGCUGCUGCAACACUCUUGACAGAGUGCAGAAUACGAGCAAGUUAAGAACUUGUCAUCUGGGAUUGCUUGAGCAUCUAAGCAAAGCCAAAACCAUACUGAAUGAGGUUGAGGAUCUCAUGGAGGAUCUGACGCUUGCAAUUCAAAGUUAUAAUCGCUCAUUACCACCUCUGCAAAUUGAAGAUCUUUGUGACCAACUGGACGAACAGCAUUUACACCAGGAGGAGCCAUCACUGAGUGGCCUGCAACAGCGUGAAGUAAUGUUCAUUGCUUCGUCGGUUGGGGUCAUAUACACCAUGCUGAAGCAGGAUUAUGUGAUGCAGGAAAAGAUUGUCGCAUCGUUAAAUCUCAACUCAACCCCAGGGGAAUUAGAGAGCUACUGCCUGAUGUGGUCACUCCGACCUUACGUAAACGACGAAAUCAUGCUUCAAGCCUGGAGACUGAUCCGCUAGACUUGUUGCCCGAGUAUGCUGAAGUCCUCAGAACUGUUUGAAACUCGUCAUGACUCUACAAGUAGCGUGUUCUCUUUGUUAGCUCGCCUAUGUUGACUCGUCCAUCAUCAAGCACUUAACUUUAUGUGUACGGAAAUAGACAUUUCUGGUUUGUUUCUUCGUGGCUGUCAAGUUUUUAGUCAAUUAUUGAAUGGAAAGCGGUAUGGCGUUGAAAAUGCACCAAUUAUUGAAGGGCAUCGAAAUUUUACCACAGGGUAAUUUUCAUGCCAAAAGAUGGAUGGAGAGGGAGGAAGGGUGGAAAUGCAGGGAAAGGUGAUUUGAAGGUUUACAUAUAUUAACCACCAAAAUUUUGGUUGCGAAAAGUGGCGCGUCCGUAUAAACUCGUACCAAAUGGUUCCUCAAGUUUCCAACACAAUCUAAUCACGCCCUCUGAUUCGAAGUAAAAACAAAAAGGUUAUUAGACGUUGCUAAAGAUGAUGGCAAGGAAUAGCGUCGGUUAUAAGUUCGUCAUUGUUGUCGUGCUUUUGGCAACCGUGAUGCAUAUUCUGCUUUUUGGAGCUCAGAAUGCAUUCGCUAGUAGAAUAAUUUCGAGCAAUUCCCAUUUCUGGGGCAAUGGUAUGUUGUUAAUAAAUGUUAUUUGAAAAUACCAAAAUUCCAUUGUCGAAUUGGAUUGAAUCGGAUUUUAAUAAUAUGUACUUUUAUAUCUGUGGACAGAUGAAGAAAUGAAUGCUAAGGGAAACC